AUGGAAAGGGAUGAACCGGCGGGUAGCAGUCGUUUAACAGCCCCACAUCCUUAUGACUCCGCAAACUGGCGCUCCCGAGUAACACUACAGUGGAUGAACACCGUCUUAAAACUUGGCAGCAUGAAACCACUGGGAAAGGAAGACAUUUUUCCCGUUCGCGAGGAAGACAGUAUGGAUCAACUCGUUCUAAAACUUGAAAUUAAAUGGCAACGAGAAGUUUACAUCAGCCGAGCUCAAGGUUGCAAACCUCACAUGUGGAGAGCAUUAUCCCGUAUGUUCUCAUGGCGAGCGUACAUGACGCUGUUUAUUCUCAAAGUACUGAGACUUCUUGCCUCCGUUUUUCUACCACUGCUGCUGUGGUUUUUCUUGUCACACCUGGAGCAGGAACAGCAGGGAUAUUCUGUUUCUACCAUUCUGUUUGUUGGUGGUAUAAUUGUUGUUGUUGUAACCAAGGGACUGACGAAGAAUCACUACACUGGGAUGACAAAAAUAUGGGGGAUACGACUGAAAGUGGCGUGCAUCGGGCUUAUCUACAAAAAGGUGAGUGCCACGGAUUUGAAGCAAAGAAUAGUAAAGUAGCUCCUAAUUUUACGUUCUUGAUCUUGUUAUCGCUAGGGUCCGCUACUUUUUACACAGCUUCAUUUCAAUGGGUGGGAUGGAAGGUGCCGGAAAUAAGACGGAAGUGCCUCUUUGAUCCACCAUCCUAUUGCAUUGAUGUAGCAACUAGGUCAUAUAAAAAUAGGGUUAUAUAUUUAGCAUCCACGCUUCCAAAUUCAAAAUGGGGAUAAAGCACAAUCGAAUCUCUGCCUACAUGGGGCGAAUUCAGAGAUCUGUUUUCUUUCCACAUCUCCUCUGUGGUUUAGUAAUAAAAGACGCUAACGAAGAGUCUUAUCCUAACAGCUGAUUUCGUCUAAUAGUUUUCGUGGAGCGAUGUUUUUGUUUCCUUCCAGUGAUAGGAUUCCUUCCGAUGCAUCUUAGAACCACUUCUAACCUUGGUUCAACAACUCAUGGUAAUUCUGUUUAGAUAGAUAAGCUGCCUGGGAUAUUCACUAAACGCUAUGUAACAUUUCUCUUUUACGCAGAUUCUAACCAAGCUUAAGCGAAGUGACGUUCAGGAAAUUAUCACAGGAAAGACCAUAAAUCUUGUGUCAAACGAUGCUCGGAAGAUCGAAAAAGCUGUUUGGGAUUUAUCCAAUAUCGUUUUCUUUCCUAUCGAGAUUUUGGCUGCUUGCGCUGUUCUUUUGACCUUGAUCGGAUGGAAAGCUCUUGCCGGAGUUUCAUUUUAUGUUGUAUUAAUUUGUUGCAUCAUUGUACUGUCACAUCAAAGUGGAAAGCUACGCCUCAAAACUCAAGAGGCCAGAGACAAAAGACUGGAAGUUAUGAACGAGGUUGUUUAUAACGUUCGGGCUGUUAAAAUACACGCCUGGGAAAUGAAGUUUGCUGAAAUAAUCAAUCAACUAAGGAGGUAAAAUACACCAAAGAAAGUAAUGAAGUUAUAUUCAAAGUUCCUGGUGGUACGGAAUACCAUUACCGGGGAGGUUUUAAUUCCACCUUCGAUCCAGGCAAACUUUUGUGACUGAUUCAUAGGGUUUGUUAUUUUAUAGCUUUAUAUCCGUAGUCCUCGUCUACAGCUCCGAAGGCGUUUGCUUUCAAGCCUUGAAGUCUAGACGUAUUCCUGUUUUGAUAUUUUCAUUAAAAAAAACUAGCUUUCAAACGAUUUCAUUUCCACGCUUCUCCUUGUUGCUUAUUGAAAGGGAUGAUCAACCGAGGCGAAAUAUUUUCAUACUUAGCAUCUUAGUCUCUGAUUCAAGUCCCAAAAAAAAGACCCGGUUUUAGCAAAAGGAAAUAAGACCAGCUUAUUUAUGUGCCAAUCAUUUUCCUUCAUAGGCGAGAAAUGUGGUUUGUCCAACUACGAGGGCUCAUUGUGUCCGGCUUAAAUUCCGUGGGUUUCACAACAGCGCCAUUGGCUAGUCUGCUAUCUAUAAUAACUUUGACCGCUACCGGGGAACAGAUCACUGCUUUCGCAAUGUUUACAAUCCUAUCCUGCCUUAAUGUAAUAAAUGAUUCUGUGACAAUGGCCAUGGGUUUCUCACUGCCCUAUGUUGCCGAAGGCUACAUUGCCGUCAAAAGAAUCGAGAAGUUCAUAUUAAGGCAGUUUGGAUUGACAUCGGCUUUAUUCGCUAAGCAGGAUAGGCGAUUGAAAAGAAAAGGAUGCAGUACAGCCGUCUUCAGACCAGAGAGCUUCAGAUCUGGAGACACUAAACUUCACUCUGUAUCUAAAACUCCAACGAAGAUAGAUACAGAAAAGAACGGGCUAUCUAUGGUUCGAGUCUCAGCUUCAUGGGACAGACGUGAAGACAGGAGAGCUUUAACGAACGUUACAUUUUUUGUGAGCCAGGGUGAGAUGUUAGCUGUAACAGGACCAGUAGGGAGUGGAAAGUCCUCUCUGUUGAUGGCAAUUCUUGGAGAGCUACCUGCUAUCAGUGGAACAGUGGCAUUUAAUGGAACAGUCGCAUAUGUUCCACAGAUUCCCUGGGUUUUCUCGGGCACCGUUAGAGACAACAUUCUUUUUGGAAGACACUUUGACAUUAAACGUUACAACGAGAUUCUUGAUGUUUGCUGUAUGCAACCAGACCUACAAAACUUCUCUAAAGGAGACUUGACCGAGAUAGGACACCGUGGUGUAAGUCUCAGUGGUGGUCAGCGUGUACGUGUAAGUUUAGCACGUGCACUGUAUUCUGCUGCAGAUAUCUAUUUGCUGGAUGAUCCCCUCAGUGCAGUGGAUGCCAAAGUUGGAAAGCAUCUCUUUAAUAACUGCAUUUGUGGAUUUCUCUCAAACCGGAUUCGUGUUUUGGUGACGCAUCAGCUUAACUACUUAACUCACAUACCUAACGUAAUGGUGCUGAACAACGGUGUCCAAGUCGAGGAAGGACAUUGCUUCAGGGAGGAGGAUUCCAAAACUUUUCAGUUUGUUUCCCAAACAGAAAGUGCCAAAGCGACAUGCAAAUCACCUCCGCAUAGACCAACUCAACUUCCUCAUGAAGAAGACCUUGGGGAUCAAAAUUUAAAAGUAGAGGAAGAAGACCGCAAUACUGGUUCCAUUACUUGGAAGAUAUAUUGGAGCUACAUCAGGACAGCCCUGAGAGUUCCUUUUGUGCUCUGCCUUUUUCUGGCUGUUCUUGGCAUAAAAGGUAUUAGAAAAACAUUGUAAUUAAAUAGUUCCAGUUUCAUUGGUAUGGGUAACAUCGAAGUUUUAAUUUCUUUUGGUGAAGGUUACCUCACAGGAUCUCUAUGAAACCAAUAUAGUUGCCCAAUCAGAUCUGCAUUGCAAAUUAAUUUUUUUCGUUAGAUAAAUAUUUAUGUUGGAGCCGACGUACCAGGUAUUUGAAAUCCAGAUUGUUAAUAAAGUGAUUCUCUCAGAAUAUAGAUACCUGCUCAUUUCUACUGGAAGUAUUCACUCCUCGUUCCAACGAUUUAAUUUCAGUAACAUAACUUUUAGGAUUAUUAUUUUCCAUUUGUUCUCUUUAGGGUUACUGGUUGCUUCUUACUGGUGGGCUUCCCAGGUUACGCAAAUGAGUCAGGAAGGACAAAGAUCCUUUACGACAUUGGGAAUAUACGGCGCUCUUGUUGGAUCAUCCUUUUUGGGCAACAUAGUUGUGUCUUACCUUGUUUGUCUAACACUCCUCCUAGCUUCUGAAAUGUUGCAUAACAAGAUGGUCUUGGCUGUCCUAAAGGCACCAGUUCUGUUUUUCGACAAAACUCCAGUUGGAUGCAUUUUAAAUCGUUUUUCUAAAGAUAUCAGUGUCAUGGACGAUAAUUUGCCUACUCGCUUUCUCCUGGCUGUGGAAGUCUCUUUAUUCUCCAUCAGCACCGUUCUUCUUCCUAUUGCAGCCAACGCCUGGCUUAUUUUAGUGGCAAUUCCUGUCGUUGCAGUUGUCUUAUGUUAUGGACGAUAUUAUAUAAAGUCAUCUCGUGAAAUUAAACGAUUGGAGGCUAUCACCUGCAGCCCUGUAUAUUCACACAUUUUAGAAACCGUCGCCGGACUUGAAGUAAUUCGCUCAUCUCAAAUGGAGCAGGGUUUCUUGAAGAGUCUAUUUAGGUAAGUGUACAGUCUAAAACCCCCGAUAAAGCUGUUCGAGAUUUGGUAAUGAAACUUGGUAAUGAUUACUUAUUGUUUUUUCAUGAUUAACUCACUUCUAAUGCAAAUCGUGACUUUGGUAAUGUAUACUGUUGUUGUCCUUUCUACUGGGAACGUGUCACCUUUUAAAGCUAAGUGCUCAGCUGUGAUUGGCUGGUAAGGAUAACUGUUGUAGUGAUUUUAACCAUGUCAAAUACCAGGUAAAAUGACAAAAACCUAGAGAGAGAAAGGGAGAUUACCCUGCCUUAUUGGGUUCUUCUAACAUUUUUUCCCAUUUUCUCAUCCCAAAUUCUCAUGGAUUCUUUUAGUGUAAAUGUCUUACCAUUCAAAUUGAUUCUUUUCAUCUUCUAAGACACCAGGAUGAAAACACAUCAGCUGCAAUCAUGGUUAUCACCAGCACACAGUGGCUUAAUGUGCGCAUGACUACUGCUUGCAGUCUAAUGAUAGCUGCAGCGGCAAUUGGCGCAGUUCUUGUCACUCAAAGCCCAGGUAACGUUGCACCAUUUUUCAGAGUUUCUAAGAUGCGAUCGUUUUAGAAACAGAUUUUUGCUGAAGUUCUGCUCAGUGAUUGGUGGCGAAGCGAUGAAACGAAAGACCAAUGGGCUGUCAAAAGCUGAUAGACAGAGAAAGGCAAAGCUAUGCAGGCCUAAGCAUCCAGAAAGACAAAUGAACAGACAUAAUGAAAUUAACAGACAAAAAUUGAACUACCACAAACAACUUUGGACCUAAACACAGACACAAAGAAAGACGAAGUGACAGAAGAGAAAGUAAACAGACAUAGUAACAGCUCGCCAAAUAAACAGAUAGACAAAUCUAACUGAACCGAAAGGCAUAAAGAUUGAAAGCCGGGUAGAAAACCAGUAACAUAGAUGGACGUGCGGACGCAAAACAUAGACAUUAUAAAAACGGUAAAGAAGCGUUUCGCGCCUUAAUCAUACCGAUGAUCUUAUCAAAAACCAUCUUUUAGCUUUGGCAGGGAUUUCCCUUUCGUUCUUGCUUGAAUCGUUGGAUGAGGUACAGUACGGCGUCAAAGUAAGUUCUGAAGUUGAAAACAAUAUGACAUCUGUAGAGAGAGUAAUGUGGUAUACUGCUUUAGAAGCUGAGCCAGGAUAUAGCACAAGAUCUUGUCCUCCAUCGUCCUGGCCGCAGCGGGGUAACCUAACCAUCAGCAGGAUGUCCCUAAGGUACACCAAAGGUGGUCCCCUGGUUUUGAAAGACAUCAGCGUGUCCAUCGCUGACAAGGAGAAGAUAGGUAUUGCAGGCAGAACAGGAGCUGGCAAGUCAUCCAUUGUCGCAGCCCUUUUACGCAUGCCUGAACCAGAAGGAGAGGUUAGAAUAGGUUAUUUCACAUUAGGUAUCUACGCAGUCUUUAAAUGUUAAAAAACGAACCCAAUGCUCUAAACUGAUGUCGCAAAAACGCAUGCGAAAAAACAAUGCGGUCAUGUCUUGAUUUCAAGUGUGAUUGCUCAUGACGUAAUGAAAAUCCCCAGAAUGGUUUGAUAUUGUAAUAGCCUUAUCGGUGUCAUUAUUUGCACGACCACAGCCAUUGAUGACCUUAAUUAGCCAUUUUUAUGAACUGAUUCCUUUUUUCCGAAGGGGGUUGCUUUCGAACACUUUUUCAGCUUAAGUCACUUCUGAAUCAGAAUCUGUCAUCUGCUUCCUUUGUUAAAUAAAAGGUGGCGUUGUGUCGCUUUUAUAGCGAGUUAGUCAAUGUUCCUCGAACGAUAUGUGUAUUCAGGAUCGUUUACUUCUCACUUUAAAGGUUAUUCACGGUUUUAAUCUUAGUGGAUAUCUGAAUGACAUGAUUAGGUUACGAUUGGUUGUGAAAGGUGUCUGCAGCUUAUACCGAUUUGAAAUACCCAGAGAAAAUACAGCAGCAGAUGGCUUUAUUCUUUUCGAUGUUCUGCUGCGAUAACAAAAGAAACGCUUUAGAUAAUUUUGUGUAAGCCCUCGAUGAAUUUAAAGAUUUUAAAGAUUAAUAGUUGUAUUUGACUUUCAAAAUGCUUCUUCAAAAUAACGUCGAUAACGAUUUUUUUUAAUUGUAAAGUAACUAGCAACCAUAUUUUCGAGUAGUUUUAUUUUUUUGUAAUGUAAUUAGGGAAUUUUUCUAAAGUAACUAAUGAAUUAGAUUCACUUAUUUACUAAUUCAUUUAUUCAUUUUUCGGAAAAAUUGGCACUACCAUACCACACCGAAAAUCAAACAGAAAUAGUGUUAUUUAUUUUUAUCUCAAAGGGCACGGUAAGGGAUCCUGCAAUCUGAUUGGUUCUUUACGCGGUCCGUAUUUUCCUAUCUCUGCCCACGGGAAACGGUAACGCUUUCGUGAAUCGCCGAGUACAUCCCUACUUUCGUUGCCAUUUUUCAUAAAUAUAUAUCGUUUUUCCAGCUGGGCAGUAUUUUAAGCAAAGACGUCGGUCACUACCUCAAGCCGAUAAAUAACUUAUUAAUCCUCUCUUUUCUCUCUCUCAAAUCACUUUGGUUGACAGAAAAAUAUUGGUUUCAGAAUAACCUUUUUGUAUAAGCAGUACUGUCAUUAUGUUGGUUGACAAGCGACUGAAAAACCGUCUGCAAUAAAUUUUAAUAGUUCACAAAAAGUGUCUAGAAAGUUAAAACGUGAGGUAUUUGGUUACAGUUGAACUAAUCGAUGGAACUUUCAUUCAUUUAAUAAAUGAAUUUUCUCAAACAAUUUGUUCGUAGGGAAAGGACGAACGAAGUUUUAAUUUCAGUUCUACAACAAAUACACGCUCUCGGUGAGUCUUUCCAAGUCCAUUAAAUUUAGACAUUUGUACCAUAAACUGCACAACAGAAACUGAUGGAAUUCGAUGAGAAAAGGCCGCAUUAAAUCCCCUUGUGCCAAAUUGGAGUGUAUCAUUCGAAUUUAGUUUUUGUGGAGGAAAGACCAGAUUUACACACGCUAUUGCAGCAAACAAACGAGCAGACUCUCACAACUUCAAAAUAAAAAAAAAUUUGAAUUAACUUAAAAUUACUUUCCUUGCCGUUUACUUAAUGAACAGAGGUAAAUCUUCGUACAUGAAUUAAUCGUCGACGAGAGUGAAUAAUACUUGCCGUGAGAUCAUUGACUGUUUUUGAAGAAAACAUUGUCGUAACAGUCCUUGCCAAAGUCCUCCAGUCCUUUUUUCUCACACGCUCUCUAAUUGACAGGUGUCAGAUUGUGACAGAUACUUGUAAAAAUAAUGUUUCAAAGUUUGUUUGGAAGCCUUUUAAAUCACUUUUAUCGUAACGGAAAUGAAAUGUGAAGCCUCUCUCUGUUAUUUGCAUCACCUCUAUUUUAACUACCAUUUACUCACUCAAAAAUUGUUCAGUUUGUGGAAGAUCUUGCCGUAUUUACGGCCCUAAAGCAUUCGCACUUUUUCGGAGAGAAUUUCGCUAAGUUUUGAAAAAAAAUGAAAAUGUCAUUCACCAGCCUAGGUCGGUUCUUAUUUGGAAAAACUGUGCCCUCUGUCUUGAGUACCGCCCGAGGCGUACUCAAGAAAAAUCUGAGAUCAGAUUUCACAAUAACCGUUGGUUUUAUUAACCAAGCUUUGAACAACCUGGCGUAAAAAAUAAGACAUUUAAAAAUAUUGAAGAGCAAUCCAUGAUAGAUAAUCAUUAAAUAGUUCGAAAAUUUUAUUACGAUGUAGUUAACUUUCCAUUUGUUGGUCACAGGUGUUAAUUGACGGUGUCGAUGUUGGAACUCUUAACCUUCAGACAGCGCGGCGUUCCAUGGCUGUUAUUGCGCAGGACCCGGUUCUCUUUGGAGGUAGCUUGAGGAGAAACCUUGACCCAUUUUCAGUGCAAACAGAUCUGGAUCUUUGGACUGCUCUUGAAGAAGUGCAGUUAAAAGCCAUGGUGGAAAAGCUUCCUGGUCAGCUUGAGUACAGGGUGAACGAAACCGGGUCUAAUUUCAGUGUUGGUGAGAGGCAGCUAGUCUGUUUGGCUCGUGCAUUGGUUCAGAAGAGCAAGAUUAUCGUCAUGGAUGAGGCCACUGCCAAUGUAGACUUCAAGACAGACAACUUGAUCCAGGAAGUUAUUCGUCACAAAUUUAAAGACUCCACAGUGCUGACCAUUGCUCAUCGCCUGAACACCAUUAUGGAUUAUGACAAGGUGCUGAUUCUAGAUGGCGGACGAAUGGUGGAAUUUGACAAACCUGAAAUUUUGAUACAGAAUGGUGGAAUAUUCGCUGAACUGGUGAAAAAUUCCUAUGCAAGGAAAAGUGAAAUCAAUGGAGUUAAGAGUGAAGGUCCAAAUCAUUGA